CUUAAAUAUAAAAAAAAUAACAUAGUGAAGCCAAUACCACUAUUAUAAUUUUUCCUAUGUGAAGUUUAUUACCGAUAAUGUGGUUAGCAAUUGCACUGUCACUUUUGGUUGUAUGGCUUCUAUACAAAUAUUAUAUUUCUGUUUAUGACCUUUGGAAGAAGAGGGGCAUUCCUUAUUACCCCUCUAAGUUCCCAUUUGGUUGCUCUCAUGAAAUCUUGACACAUCCGAGAUUUGGAGCCUACCUUCAUGAUGAGAUGUACAAAAAAUUAGCUCCUAAUCCAAUGUUUGGAUUAUUUGUCAUGAGAGUACCGAUGUUGCAUGUUAGAGAUCCAGAGCUUAUUCAACUUAUACUUACAAAGGAAUUUUCUCAUUUUCGAGAGAGAAUGUUUUUUAAAUCAAGUGAAAAAGACCUUCUUAGUCAAAAUCUGUUCGGUCUGGGCAGUGAAAAAUGGAGAGCCCUGCGUGUAAAACUCACCCCAACAUUUACAAGUGGGAAAAUGAAAGCCAUGUUUCCUCUCUUUGUCAACUGUGCUGAGGCCUUUGAUUCUUUGAUCAUAUCAAAAAUUGGUAGCAAUGUGGAUAUCAAAGAUUUAGUAGGUCGGCUUACAACAGAUAUUAUUUGCUGCUGUGCUUUUGGACUUGAUAUCAAUACAAUCCAAGAGCCAGAUCAUGAGCUAAGGCGAAUUGGAGCCCAAGCUUUUCAAAUGAGGUUUAUCGAUAGAGUCAAAAUAUUAAUUUUACAAGCAAUGCCAAAAAUUGCCAAUAAAAUUGAGGCCAGGUUAUCUCCUAAAGAAACUGAAGACUAUAUUGUAAAACUUGUAGAAGAUACAAUGGAAUAUAGGAAAAAGAAUAAUAUAAAAAGAAAUGAUUUCCUAGAUUUAUUAAUUCAGCUGAAUAAUAAAGGGACAAUAGGAGAUGACAUGAAAGAUGAAAUUGAAGAACAAAAGUGUCAGCCAUUUGAAUUAACUAUUGGAUUGAUGGCUGCACAGUGCUUUGUAUUCUUCAUUGCUGGCUUUGAAACUUCUAGUUCUGUACAGAGUUUUUGCUUAUAUGAAUUAGCUGUCAAUCAAGAUAUUCAGACAAGAGUUAGGAAAGAAAUUGAUGAAAUAAUUGAGAAACAUGGAGGACUAACAUACCAAGCAGUCCAUGAAAUGGAGUAUUUAGAUAUGGUUAUAUCAGAAACAAUGAGAAAGUAUCCAACCUUGCCAUUGUUAAUGAGGUAUUGCACAAAAUCUAUUACAACUCGAUAUGGUUAUAAAAUAGAGGCAGGUGACUCUAUUUUAAUUCCUGUUUGGUCUUUACAUCAUGAUCCUGAGUAUUAUCCAGAUCCUGAGAAAUUCAAUCCAGAAAGAUUUUCGGAACAAAACAGAGAGUCAAUCAAACCAUACACUUAUCUCCCCUUUGGAGAAGGGCCUAGAAUGUGUAUAGGCAUGAGAUUUGGACAAUUGCAAACUAAAGUAGGUCUUAUCACUCUACUACGGAAGAGUCGGGUAGAACCUUGUGCUGCAACUAAGAUACCUUUAGUACUAGGUCCUUCUCCGAUGAUAACAGCUCCAAAGGAUCCAAUAGUACUGAAAUUAGUACCUCAAUCUUGAGCUUAAAUACUAUUGUGCAUACAAAAAUAUAUUUAUUUCAUUCAGUUUGACAUAAAUUUUAUAUGUAUUCAUUAUUAGAUUAUAAAUAUAAGUAUUUUACAAGUAGGAAUAUAAUCAAAAAUGUUUUUGUCGCAUUUAAAUUUUUUUAUUAAUUUCAAUAGCAUCUACUCAAUAUCUAGAUGAUGAGGUAUAUUUGUGUACAGUUUCUGUGAAGAAUGAGUUACAGUAAUUAUAAGUUGUAAAUAUGUUUUAUUAAUUUCUGAUUAUUCAAAUAAAUAUUUGAUAUAAUACACCAUGACAAACUGAUGUUAUUCCACAACAAAUAUAAAUUAAAAACUUUUUAGUUUAGGAGAAUAUUUUUUUUCCAG